ACUGUAAUUCAGUAGCGGUCGAUUGGUUGCACCCGAAAGUUCGUUUUUCCGUUGAUAUGUUCAGCUCUUUUUUCAUGCUUGUCCGAGCCGGAGCUGCGUUAGUGUGGCGCAGCAUUGUGGACAUCUACGUGCAAUAUUGGCCCGGCAUUGAGCGUCCGAUUGUUGUGGUACAGCAAGGCCAAGUUCAAGGUGUCGCUUCCAGACUACCAAAUGGUUCAACAUAUUGCUACUUCAAAGGUAUUCCGUAUGCAAAACCGCCGAUUGGGGAACUACGAUUCUGUCCGCCGGUGGAGCUUGCGAAAUUUUCGCAACCUUUGCUGAAAUGUUUUGUCGAUAAGAAAGACUUCGUUCAACCCCAUCAAAUUUUUGGAUACCUUUGGAUGGUUGGUAGAGAGGAUGCCCUUUACCUAAAUGUCUACACACCGAGCUUGCCAGAGAAAAAUUGGAGUAAACCUUAUCCGGUUAUGGUUUUUAUCCACGGCGGUGGCCUUGAGCACGGAACGGCUAGGAGUUUUGUUUACGAUCCGAAGUACUUUAUUCAGAAGGGCGUCAUCGUGGUGACUUUAUUUUACCGGCUCGGGCCGUUUGGAUUUCUAAGUUUGCCAUCCGUUGGAGUACAAGGAAACUUCGGUUUGAAGGAUCAACGUUUGGCGCUCAAAUGGGUACGAGAAAACAUCAAAGCGUUCGGCGGAGAUCCGGAAAAUGUGACGCUUUUCGGGGAAAGUGCUGGCAGCUGGUCAGCCUAUUUGCACUAUCUGUCGCCAAAUUCAAGGAAAUAUUUUCAUCGAGUCAUUUGUCAAAGCGGAGAGGCAUGUACCGAUUCGAUUCUCCAAAUUGAUCCAGCUGGUAAAGCUCGUGCAUUGGCAAAGUUACUAGGUUACAAAGGAAACUCCGAUCUAGAAGUUCUAGAAACGUUACGCAAGGCCCCAGCUCGGCAGUUGGCCAAGCUCCAAAACGUUGUAAUUAGUGAGCAAGAAAAAACCUUACCAUUGCGAUUUACAUUUCGUCCAGUUAUUGAAAAGGAAAUUAACGAGGACGCUUUUCUGAUACAAGCACCGGAGAAGACGUUAAAAGCAUUCGAUACCAUACGAAUGCCUCUGAUUCAAGGUUAUACCGAUGGUGAGGGAAUUCUUAGCCUUACACGGAAUAAACAUCGCUUGAAGCAGUACGAUUUGAAUCCAGAAUGGCUUAUACCACAGUUUAUGGGCAGUCCAGAGGGGCUCAAUCGAACCACUGUUGGUACCCAGAUUAAGCAAUUUUAUUGUAAGACUAAAAACAUCGGAUGGAAUACAUUGAACGAAACAAGAGAUUUAUUCUCGGACAUUACAUUCAUCAUUGCAGCGAAUUUAAGCUCAGAAUGGCUAGCCAAAUAUCAACCAAACGCUCUCCAAUACCACUAUCUAUUUUCUUUCGAUGGGCGUUUCAGCGUAAUGAAAAAAAUUAGCAAAUUUAAUCAUAUUGAAGGAGCAGCCCAUGGGGAUGAUCUUAUGUAUAUGUUCAGUCCUUCCUUCCUGCCCGAUCUUCCGGAAGAAAGCGAUGAGGUGCAAGUUCGCAACACACUGGUGAAAUUGUGGACGAAUUUUGCCAAGUACAACAAUCCUACUCCGGAUGCUGGUGGACUGAGUUUCAAGUGGACACCGGUGACAAAAAUAGACCUGGAAGCAACUGCGUUCAAUUUGAACUGCUUGGAAAUUAACGUCAAACCAAAGAUGAUACGUAACCCUUAUGCAGAUAGAAAGGAAUUCUGGAGGAGUCUGAUGCGAAAGUUCACUAACUUGAUAUGAUCCAACAUACGUUAACGUACUGUGUGGAUCGAACCAAAUUAACCCUUUAUAAUGCAGUGGCAACUAUAUUGCCACCAACGAAAAACAAAAUUUUUUUGUUGCUCCAAGAAUUUUCUUUAUAAAUUUUGCUUAAAGAAGGUCUUCUGGGGGUCUCUUGCAACACUCCAAGUUUCCUAAAACUGCUAGAAGUGUGCAAUGUUAAUUUGGGGAUAAUUUUAACAAUUAAUUUACGUUUUACUGAACUUGUGUCGGCUCCAAGCGCAGUUUUCAUGGCCUUAUAAAAGGUUAACAGUGAAUAAAUAAAUAAAAUUUUCUGCGUUUUCUGAUGUUAAA